AUGCCUUACCUUCACCGCUCCGCAGCCCCCGGGGCGCCCCCCUCCCGCGGGGAUGCCCGCAGCACUCACUCCUCAGGCCAGAGCUUUGAGCAGCUGCGGCAGGCGUGUGUGAGCAGGGGUAUCCUGUUCGAGGACGCUGACUUCCCCGCCAGCAGCGCUUCCCUCUUCUACAAGGAGCGGCCCCCGGUCCCCUUCGUCUGGAAACGACCAGGGGAAAUAGUGAAAAACCCAGAAUUCAUUCUUGGAGGAGCCACCAGGACUGAUAUCUGCCAGGGAGAGCUUGGAGACUGUUGGCUGUUGGCUGCCAUUGCCUCCCUUACGCUUAAUGAGAAGGCACUUGCUAGAGUUAUUCCUCAAGACCAAAGCUUUGGCCCUGGAUAUGCCGGCAUUUUCCAUUUUCAGUUCUGGCAGCACAGUGAAUGGCUGGACGUGGUGAUUGAUGACCGACUGCCUACCUUCAGGGACCGCUUGGUUUUCCUUCACUCCGCAGACCACAACGAGUUCUGGAGUGCCUUGCUGGAAAAGGCCUAUGCCAAACUCAAUGGGAGCUAUGAGUCUCUGAAGGGGGGAAGCACCAUUGAAGCCAUGGAAGACUUCACCGGUGGCGUAGCAGAGACCUUUGAAACUGAAAAGGCUCCAAAGAACUUCUAUGAGAUUCUAGAGAAGGCCUUGAAGAGGGGCUCUCUGGUGGGCUGCUCUAUUGAAACCAGAACUUCUGCAGAGUCAGAAGCCCGAACACCAUUUGGUCUUAUCAAAGGGCAUGCCUAUACUGUCACUGGAAUUGAUCAGGUCAACUUCCGAGGUCAAAACAUCCAGCUCAUCAGAGUCCGGAAUCCUUGGGGCCAGGUUGAGUGGAACGGGGCAUGGAGCGACAAUUCUCCUGAGUGGCUUUCCGCUGGCCCAGCUGAACAGAAGCGUCUCUGUCACACUGCCCUUGAUGACGGGGAAUUCUGGAUGGCAUUUAAGGAUUUCAAGUCCCAUUUUGACAAAGUAGAGAUUUGCAACCUCACCCCUGAUGCCCUAGAGGACAAUGCUCUCCAUAAGUGGGAAGUGAAGGUCCAUGAAGGAAGCUGGGUUCGAGGCUCCACCGCUGGGGGCUGUCGCAACUUCUUGGAUACCUUCUGGACCAAUCCACAGAUAAAGUUGUCCUUGACUGAGAAAGAUGAAGGAGAGGAGGAAUGCACUCUCCUUGUAGCCCUGAUGCAGAAAGAUCGAAGGAAACUCAAGAGAUUUGGAGCCAAUGUGCUCACUAUUGGCUAUGCCAUUUACCAAAGCCCUGGCAAAGAUGAACAUCUGAACAAAGACUUCUUCAAGUACCAUGCCUCACAGGCCAGAAGCAAAACAUUUGUCAAUCUGAGAGAAGUCUCUGACCGGUUUCAGCUUCCCCCUGGGGAAUACAUACUGAUUCCCAGCACUUUUGAGCCACACCAGGAAGCUGAUUUCUGCCUGAGAAUUUUUUCAGAGAAGAAAGCCAUUACCCAGGAUAUGGAUGAACAUGUAGACAUUGAACUUCCUGAGCCUCCGAAGCCAACAUCACCUAGCCAGGAGACCAAGGAGGAGCACCAGUUACGCACCCUGUUUGAGAACAUCGCAGGUGAGGACAUGGAGGUGAACGCAGAGGAACUUGAAUAUGUUUUAAACGCUGUGCUGAAAAGAAGAAAGGACAUCAAGUUCAAGAAGCUGAGCCUGAUUUCCUGUAAAAACAUCAUUUCUCUAAUGGAUACUAGUGGCAAUGGAAAAUUAGAAUUUGGUGAAUUCAAAGUGUUCUGGAACAAGCUGAAGACGUGGAUGAGCCUGUUCCUUCAAUUCGAUGCAGACAAGUCUGGCACCAUGUCCUCCUAUGAGCUGCGGAUCGUGCUAAAGGCAGCAGGCUUCCAGCUUAGCAGUCACCUCCUGCAGCUGAUUAUCCUCAGGUACGCUGAUGAGGAACUCCAACUGGACUUCGAUGACUUCCUCAACUGCAUGACCCGACUGGAGAAUGCAAGCCGAGUGUUCCAGGCUCUCAGUACAGAGAACAAGGACUUUAUUCAUCUCAACAUAAACGAGGUGCUCGUGGAUCUGGAACUGGGUGUAUCUCCCCCUCAUCUGGAAGAGCCUGAUUUCCCCUCAUCAGACCAGCAGAAUGCACAGUGCUAG